ACCCCAGUCUAGGCCAGUUCCAGGGACCGGCUCUACUCUUCUACAACGACGCCAUGUUCCAGGAAAAAGACUGGCAGAGAAUCAGAAAAAUGCAACAGAGUGUUAAGGCUGAAGAUCCAUUUAAAAUUGGGAAAUUUGGGAUUGGGUUUAACUCAGUCUAUCACAUAACAGACCUGCCCACCAUUGUCAGCGGAAACAGACUGGCCUACCUUGACCCACAUGAGGAGAUCUGGCACAGAAAGAGUGGAAGAUGGUAUGAAAUUGACAAAAACCCGCAAUGUUCAGACACAUUUGCCCCAUUUGAAGGACUCUGUGGUUUCUCAGCUCAAAAUGGAGCAUUCGAAGGUACACUUUUUCGCUUUCCACUACGCAAUGUACCACGUGAAGAACGUGUGUCAUCUCAUACAUAUGAUAUAGAAAAGCUCCGCAAUCUGCUCGUCGCCCUCCAAGGAGAGGCAAAGUGCAUUUUACUCUUUCUUCGCUCUGUGCGCACUGUACAGGUGUUUCAAAUUGGGGAGAAUGGCACACAUUCAAACAUCCUAAAACUCAGCAUUUCUGCGAUUUCCAAUGAUGAUCUCGGAGAAAAACGCUCCGAGUUUAAAGCUAGCCUCCAAACCCUCUUUGAUUCUCAGUCAUUCAGCAUUAGAAACGUGCUAUCCCAGGUGGUUCAUGUAGAAAUUAAGGUGGAUGAUUUUAGGUCUUCCACAAGCUCCAGUAAGUGGCUGGUGGCAAAGCAAGUGGGAUCCCAAUCAGAGGAAGUUAGAACGCUUGCAACCAAGUUGAAAGUUUUUCCAUGGGUUGGGGUGGCCCUUGAAACUAGUGCAAUCGGUAUAGAGCCAACUGGUGGCCGAGUGUUUUGUGUUCUGCCGAUGCCCCCUGACGUAAACUGUAGUUUACCAGUACAUGUCAAUGGUACAUUUAGCCUCAAUGACGAACGGCGAGAGCUAAAAUGGGCAGGUAUUGAGCGACGAAACGAUCCAUCAGCCCAGUGGAACCAUUUGCUAGUCAGAGAGCUCCUGCCUCCCUGCUAUGCCAUGCUGCUUCUAGACCACGCUAAGAUUCUUCUAGAGCCUGAUCGGUUCUGCCAAGCCUGGCCUGAUACCAGUAAGGUGACUGGAACACCCUGGGCUGAUUUACUUUCUCCUCUCCUGCAAACCUUGUUUUCAAAAGAUGUCAUCCCUUUCUCAAAACCAGGGGGAUUCUCUGCUUGGAUUAAGGUCAGUUCAGCAGUCUUUGUUCCCAGAGAGGAAGCACUCCAUGCUGCAAUGAAUGCGGCUCUUUCAGCCUGUGGAGUAAACCUCGUAACAGUAAUAGACACAAUUUGGAAUGCUUUAAACUUUUGCAAUAUCCCGUAUGCAACUGUUUCACCCUCUCUUGCUAGAAAUGCAUUAAGAAAGAAACCCGAGAGUUAUGCAGAGCUGUCAUCAGAUGAUAAACUUGAGUUGCUUCAGUACUGUCUAUCAGAUGAUGCAUAUAACGACUUGCAUGAUUUGGUACUUUUACCACUAGUAAGUGGGGGAUUUACAAGAUUUGAAACAGACUCU